GAGCGUCAAGAACUAGCGAAGGAACGUGAGCGUGAGCGUCAAGAACGUGAGCGUCAAGAACUAGCGAAGGAACAUGAGCCGAAGGAACGUGAGCGUGAGCGUCAAGAAGGUGAGCGUCAAGAACUAGCGAAGGAACGUGAGCGGGAGCGUCAAGAACGUGAGCGUCAAGAACUAGCGAAGGAACGUGAGCGUGAGCGUCAAGAAGGUGAGCGUCAAGAACUAGCCAAGCUAGCGAAGGAACGUGAGCGUGAGCGUCAAGAACUAGCGAAGGAACGUGAGCGUGAGCGUCAAGAACGUGAGAAGGAACGUGAGCGUGAGCGAGAACGGGAAAAGCACGAGAAAGAGAUGGUCAAGCUGCAGGUAGAACUUCAGAAAUCGCGUCCAGCGGCGGGAAGUGAAGGGGACAACCGUAGCAGAUCAAGCGAGGUUGAGCCAUGUCGGAUGGACCAGUGGACGAAACCGUACAAGGUUGGAGAGGACAUUGCCUUAUUCUUGGUUCAUUUCGGGAGAACUUGUGAGAGGUGUAAUUUCGCUCAGGGCACCUGGUCACAGCGACAAGAAAGCGAAGACCUCAUCGAAACGUGGGAGGCCAAGCUCGUCUCCGAGGACCUGGAACAACAACGACGCCUCGUCGCCAGGGCCAAGGAAGCGGUGAAGUCCAGCGGGCUCCUGGAAUGA